UAAGAAGCGCCAGUCCCUCGGAGAGCGCAGGAAGCCAUGGCGUCCAGUGACAGGGUCCUGGAGGGCGAGCUGUCCUGCCCGGCGUGCGGCCUGAUCCUGGCCGAGCCCGUGGUGCUGGGCUGCGGACACCGCUUCUGCAAGGCCUGCCUGGAGGCGCGCUGGGAGGGGGGCGGGGCCCGGGACUGCCCGCUGUGCGGCCGCCGCAGCUCGCUGGAGCAGCCGCCGGUGAGCGGGCUGCUGCUUAGGGCCUGCGAGGCGCUGCGCGAGGAGCGGGCGCAGCGAGACCCCACCGCCUGCCGCCAGCACGGACAGACCCUCUCCCUCUUCUGCCUGGAGGAGCUGCAGCCCGUCUGCGCUGCCUGCCGCUCCGCCCCGGCCCACGCCGCACACCGGCUCUACGCCCUGGAGGAGGCUGCGCAGGACUGCAAGGCAGAACUGAGGAACGCUCUGGAGCCCCUGCAGGAGAAGCUGACGCUCUUCGCCAAAGCCAAACUCAACUGUGAUCAAACAGCCCAGCACAUUAAGAGCCAGGCCCAACACUCAGAGAGACAGAUACAGGAGGAGUUUGAGAAACUGCACCACUUCCUGCGGGAGGAAGAGGAGGCCAGGAUCGCUGCGCUGAGGGAGGAAGAGGAGCAAAAGAGUCAGAUGAUAAAGGAGAAGAUUGAGGAGAUGAAUGGAGAGAUAUCGUCGAUUUCAGACACAAUCCGAGCUGUGAAGCAGGAGAUGAGAUCUGAGGACGUUAUGUUCCUGCAGAACUACAGAGCCACUAUUAAGAGAACCUGGUGUGCACUGCGGGAUCCAGAGAUGGUUUCAGGGGCACUGAUAGACGUGGCCAAACACCUGGGCAACCUGAAGUACAGAGUCUGGGAGAAGAUGCUGGGAAUUAUUCAAUACACACCUGUUGUUCUGGACCCCAACACUGCGGCCAGCUGCUUCAUGAUGGCGGAGGACCUGACGGCCGUGCAGUGCCACAGAGAGAGGUUUCUCCUGCCAGACAACCCCGAGCGCUUCGACAUCAGCGCAGAGAUGCUGGGGUCUGAGGGCCUCACCUCGGGGCGGCACAGCUGGGAGGUGGAGGUGGCGGGGAACACCUACUGGGUCCUCGGCGUGGCCAGGGACUCCAUCAACAGGAAGGGGAAGCAUGUGCUGACACCGGCCGAGGGCUUCUGGACCAUCCGGCUGCGGAACGGCGAGUACAAGGCAUGCACGGCGCCCUGGACGUCGCUCAACAUGAGCCGAGAGCCGCAGGUGGUGCGAAUCCAACUGGACAUGGACCGCGGGAAGGUGUCCUUCCACGACCCACGCGAGAGGACACCCCUCUUCACCUUCACUGACAUCGUCAGCCCCAGGGUGUUCCCCUACUUCUGCACUGCCUGCAAACUCCACCCGCUCAGGAUAUUACCCAGCAGGCUGUGCAUCACGCCCGAACACCACGGCACUCGAGACUUCCUGGACAGAGUCUCACUGUGAGCGGUGUGAGUCAGACACUGUCCAGGCAGAGAGCGAAUUCUGCACCGCGUUAACAAAACUAACGCAAGCGAUUAAAUGUUUGUUUCCUGUAUGUGGCUGAGGUGCUGACAUUUUGUCUUGAAUGACAUGAACACUAUAGAUAUUGCAAACAAACAUGCCGGUUGUCCUAAAU